AUGACGCCUAUUUUGCGCAUCUCACCCUGGGAUCCUGUUGGAGAUGACUUUCGCGGUAUCUCCCAGACACCAAUAAACGACAAGACGGCUCUUCCUAAACUCAGCUCAUUGCUUCAACAUGUCCAUGCUGAUCAUCCUUCUGAACACCAAGACAUGAGUCUCACGAAAGCCGGCAAACCAAGAAAAAGAUCAGAGCGAGCUUGUACACGAUGUCGUGAAUUGAAGGUAAAGUGUGAGCCAAGUAAUCCCAUGUGUUCACACUGCUGGAGGCGUGGUUAUGUCUGUGACUUGGUUACAAGACCUCGUAUUGGUCGUCCAAAACCCGAUGCAUUGCAGCUGCGGCCUGAAUAUACCCGGCCAUCAAGGCAGGAUAGCCCGGUAUCUCCAUCUUCCGACCAAUCAUCACGACUAUCUCCCAGUCCAUCGAUUCGAAGAAGCCCAAAUCAACCAUUCGGCAACGAUAGUUGGCCUCUGGAGCAGCAAGAUAUUUCCUGGCAAUCGUUGAUUGAUCAUUCAAGACCAAAGAACACCGUCAACCUAGGAAAAGCAGAAUUCUCCAAGGACUUCAUAGUUCCAGAAACCAAACCCUCGUCCUUACCAGACCAUAUCCCUACCCACCGUCUCCACUUCACACCCGAUCUCGAUCCUUAUAUCAUCGACCGCAACCUAACUAUCUACUACAUCACUCAAUUCCUACACAACCUCGACCCUACACUCGAAGAAUGCAUUCCUCGCGACCUCGUCAUGCCAUGGGUCAUGGCAUGUCGUACCAAGACAGCUGAAGAUAGAAUGCUCUUAUAUGCAAUGCUAGCUAUGGGUGCGGGCACUGGAUCUGCUUCUGGAUCGAGUCGAGAAACUCAAUGGAAUAAAGACGGGUGUGUCUUUGCCAGAAUUGCGCAUUCAUUGCUUUUGACAUGUGGAAAUGGAAUGGGAAUGGGAAUGGGAAUGGGGAAUUGUGGUGAUCAAUUCCACAACCAGAACCUCAAAGCUGGCCACGAUCAUGACAAAGAACCUCUGCAAAUCAGCUUAACGCGUCUGACAUUAGCCAUGCUAGCGAUAUCACAAGGUCGCUGCGAUGAGGCACGAGAUCUCUGUCGUCCAUCACCAAUACCACUACAGGGUCAAAGACAUUUCGGUGUUGUGCCGGAAUGGGUGAUCGAUAUUGAUACACCCUCGACUCCAUCUUCGACGGCUGUGGUACCAUGUUCUACGUGGGAAGGGAUGCUUGGUUUGGAUCAGGAUAAGUUACUGAGGUGUCGGAGGACUGUGGCUUGGUGUCUUCGUUUGAUUGGUUCUUUUGCUUCGUCGUGGUCGGGGCGAUGA